UCAGGAGCCGCUGUACUUUGGCUGUAUGUUCGCCAUCAUCUUCCCCAUCGCGCGCGCGCUUCAUAGUACCUAGCGAAGGGCUGCCGUCUCGGCGGCGAAUGCGCCUCGGGACAUCAUGUCUUAUCGUUAUCGCUCAAUGUCCGAGCGUCAGCCCGUGACUUCGCGUUCCACUAGCGCGUGACUUUCGCCAUUGCCGCCUAACACUACAAUCACUGCCACGACCCAUCCCAACAUCGAAUCGCUCCUUGCCGCAUCUCUCAUUUGAUGCAUCGUCGGCCUGAUCAGACAUGGCAGACUUUUCAGCCUGGGUAGAGCAGAAUAAAGGGCUCUGGACACGCGUGUACGAUGAGGUCAUUCAACCUGAUCUGGAGAAAGAGUGGAAGAAGAGGGAAGACAAUCAUAAGAAGGAGUUAGAGCAGAAGGAAGAGAACCAGCAGAUACUAUUCGAACAUCUAAACGAUGAGAUUUUGAAAACUGCCCAUCUUGUCAAGGAGAAUGCGCAACUCAAGGAACAGCUCGAAUCUGCCGGUCAGACCUACCAGGAUGCUUCUAGGAUUGGCGCCUCAGGUGCGUCCGAGGAAGAGUAUCGCCACCUCGUCGCCGAGAAUGAACAGUUGAAGCAACAACUCAAGGCGCUUGAAGACACAGCUACUCUGUCGCCAGACCAUGAGACUUCCAAGGAAGUAAGAACGAACGCCUCCGAAGAAGAGCAUCAUGACCUUGCCGAGCGAUUUAGCGAAUUGACCAAAAAGUACCGUGAUAUGUCUCAUAAAAUCAAGUACCUAGAGAGGAAGAACGCUACUGUCAUGCAGAAGAACAAGGAUAUGAAAGAAAACGUGCGCGCAUGGCAAGAGUACGCGGAUAGACAAUUUGGAAAGCAAAAGGCAAAGAGUGAGGCUAGAGAGGAUGGCAAGUCUAACGUGGCUGCUGUUCACCUUCUUCCUGAGGACCGACCUCACAUGCCCUCCAGUCCAGGCUCUGCAGCCACUAUCCGCACGCCUGGAUCAUUCGUCAACCCGGAUCGCUCUUCUCCUGCUGCUUCGACUUUGUUUCCGCGUUCAGUCGUGGGAACGACAAAUCGGUUGGCCUCCUCGACGACGGCUGGUGGAGAAGAUGCCCAGAGUCCGACCACGACCAUCACUCCAAAGGCUAGCAUUCGGCUGGAAGAUGCCCAGCAACAUCAGCAUCAACAUGACGAUGGCACCGGCCUCGGUGUCUCAUCACACAUUCAGCGCAUAAUAUCUGACCACGAAGGCCACCGUUCAGCGAUCCCAAGCUCUAGUCAGACAACCGUAGAUGAACCCGAACAGUCAAGAAGCAUAUUCGAACCGGCCGUGGACGCAGAUGAUGACGACGUUCCCCAGUUCGUUUCUGAGCGAUCGCUAAAACGAAAACGAGAGCAGCCAUCAAAAUCAAGGUUCGAGAUAUACGCAGAUCACUCCUCAGAUGGCACGCCGGUAAAGCCUCAUCGAGUGAAGGAAGAGCCGCAGAGUAGUCCACCAGUUUCCAUUUCGAUGGUGGCUCGGACUGAGACGAUGGAUCUUGACGAUCCUGCGCCCCAUGGACUCAAAACGCCGCGCCAACCUCGAACGCGACUCUUAUAUGACGAUGAUGCUGCAAAAACACCUCGUCAGCAUAGGCCCGACAGCGCACCGCUAACGCAGGCCAUCAAGAAUGAGAACCUGGAUAAUACUGAUCUGCUUGGUCUCUACUGUGAGACGGAUGAUCCUCAAGUUGUUAGAGGCAUCCAACCAAGGGCUAUCAGUGAGCCGGUUGAACCAACUCAAGUAGAGGAUGCCGCGUUGAGGUCUCUUGAUCCUAACGUAGUGAGCAGUGCUUCGGAGGAACCUCCAAACAAGCGCUCAAGACAAGCCCAAGCGUAUCAUCAAGCCAAACAUAACUUUUUGGCAGAGUCGGACGAAUCACCGCCUCCGAUGAACCAUGAUUCGCCGAGAUUGCCACCUAGCACAGCUCGAGCGCAGAUGAAUCAGAGACUACAAGCAUUGAAGAACCUCCAGACACCAGACAAGACUUCACCGAAGACACCCAAGUCAGGAUCGGUGAAAAUCAAGACUGAGCAAGUGGCAACCCCACCCGCAAGCUCGUCACGGCCCACCUAUACACCCUCCAGCAGUAGAAGAUCACGUAACUCAAAGUCGAAAACGCGCACGACGCCUCGCGAAGAUCUGACGCCAGAAGGUCCUUUAUGGACUAUGAGAGCUCCUGAGACGCGUACCAGUGCACGAAGGAACCGCGUACCGCCACCAAAAGAGAAAGAGCAAUGUCUCCGCGAUAAACCAGUGAGUGCGCUUAGCGUCAAGGACUUCAAGCCAAACCCAGAAUACAACCAAGGCUACAGCUACGCAUUCUCAGAGACUGUACGCAAGCGAGGCGAUCGCAUGUGCCUCCCUGGCUGCACCAACCCGCAAUGCUGUGGCUCCACCUUCCGAACUUUUGCCCAAGUCCAAGCACCGCUUAGCUCGUCGCAAGAGGAGGAACUGCUCGAGGAUUACCUCGGCGAUGCAUACAGCACCAUGCAGCUUACGCAGAUGUCGUCUGAAGAACGACAAGAGCUUGUCCUGCAAGCCCGGACCAAAAAAUUGGCCAAGGAGUCGGGCAAGCAUCGUGAGGCGUAUGAGCGACGAAGAACACCGCCGGGCUUCUGGAGAGUCGACUUCCCGACCACGCAGGAACAGCAGGAGGAUAGGGAGCGUGCCAUGGAGCAGGAUAAAGCAAUUGUGCAAGAGCGCUGGUUGGAAGCGCAUAGAAGGGGUGGGAAGUGGAUCUUUAGAGAUGAAUAGGUUGGGGGGCCUGAGGUGCUUUCUUCGCGCGUCACGAGAUAUGUUGCUUCACGUUCGAUAACAAUCAUAGGUACUACCACGUACCAUGGUGUUAUUCAUAUUUGUUUUUUGUACGUGGGGCUAUCGAGGUCUUUCCUUGUCCAAUCUGCUUACACAACAAAAUCUCUUCUCUACGCAUCUUCCCUCCCGAGGAAAAGACAUCUGCGGUAUGCGUGACGAGUGGAGAGCCCGGGUGUUGGAAUUGUUGUUGGAAAACACGAUGGAUCAUCACAAGGGUUCUAUUAGCGUACACUAGACAGUGACGAGUGUUGUUUGUACGGGACGCUGUGCUGUAUCUUCCGAGGUAUACUUGGGUGCCAACAUAUCGAUUGGAUUGUUCC